AUGACAAAUUCACGCGACUUGAAAGCACAAACGGAAUCCCUUGUAGGGCGACUAAGAAGACGCCAGGUAACUGGUUCCUUCUCAGUAUCACUCGCAACAGCCUUUCUCCUACGCUCCGUUAUCUCGACUACUCGAUGGACUGAUGUAGACACAUUAAUCAAAUUAGUAAAAAAUGUUGGCAGGAAGUUGGUGCAGGCUCAGCCGAGCGAACUGGCGGUGGGAAAUAUAGUGCGGCAUGUGCUACGAGUAAUUCGAGAUGCUAGUAAUGAUGAAGCAACAGAAGCAUCAUUUAUGGAGCACGCGGAAGACAAAAAUCUUUUCACGUCACAGUCUCAUUCUGUCUUCAAGCAAAGUACAAGUUUACUGGACUAUUCUGCUAAAGAUUCAAGUGCAAGGUCUGCCGGAUUCUAUACUUCUUCUUCAUCGAUGAUAAACUUACUAGGCGACAAUGGAUUGAGACAGCCUCCAAAUAUCAUACAAGAGAUAAACGAAAUGAUUAACGAGCUUGAGAAUAUGUAUGUUAAUAUAUGGGACCAGGCUAUGGAACAUAUUCAUACAAAUGAGAUAAUAAUGACACUUGGAUCUUCAAAAACUGUGGAAGGAUUCCUCAAAGCAGCAGCAAAAAAGCGCAAGUUUUCUGUAGUUGUCGCUGAAACGUCUCCCAGAUAUCUGGGUCAUGAUCUUGCUUUAUCGUUAUGUCAAGUGGGAAUAGACACGACUGUAAUAUCAGACUCUGCUAUAUUUGCAGUCAUGUCGAGAGUCAAUAAAGUCAUUCUGGGAACUCAUGCUGUGCUUGCUAAUGGAGGACUCAUAGCAAUAAGUGGCACGCGACUCAUGGCAGCAGCAGCUAAGCAUCACUCAACACCGGUUGUAGUUUGCAUGGGUCUCUACAAACUGUCCCCACUAUUCUUAUAUGAUGAAGAUUCAUUUAAUGAUUUGGAGUCUCCAGAAAACGUACUGAGUUUCGAUGAAGGCGAUCUUGUUGAUAAAGCUACAAUCUUGAAUCCAUAUUAUGACUAUGUGUCACCUGAACUAGUAGACUUAUAUAUUACAAACACAGGUGGCCAUCCACCAUCGUAUCUAUAUCGGUUGAUUAACGAGAAUUACGAUCCUGAAGACACUGUUAUAUAA